UGGCUUCGCCCAGUGGCUGUCGACGCAACUCCAACGGCACGCGUGGAGUCCGCUGUUGAUGCAGUGCGCCCUGGCCCUCUGCUCCUCCCUGCUCACCGAGUUGGUCAGCAACACGUCAGCUGUCUCUGUUCUUCUACCGGUGGCUGUCGACAUUGCAGUGAGCACCCCGUGCAAUCCAUUUUACUUGGCUGUACCGGUGACGGUCGCCGCCUCCACGUCCCUCGUGCUGCCUACUUCAAGCAUGGGCCUUGCCGUGCUGACGAACGUCGUCGACAUCGGACCUGUGCAGCUGCUGUUCUUGGGUUCGUCGCUAAAGUUCAUCGCUCUCACCAUGAUCCUGCUCACGGUGAACUUCAACUCAGAGUUUCAUCAGCUGCCUGAAUGGAUGUUCAUUGAGCGCCGGAACCAAACGGCCACCACUCUAUUUUAGAAGUCAACCCAAGAAAUGUUUUUGUCGACUUCACUGCUGCUCAUCUGUUUGUUAGUGUAUUGACGUCGUCCAAAGACAUAUGUGGGUUAAACCAGAGCACAAGUAGACGUGGUUCCAUUAGC